CGCAUCCUCUGCGUGCUUGAUAUCAUCUCCAUCGCAUGAUCGUCCGCCCUCCUCCUCAACGCAUCGUUCUCCGGCCAGUUCCUUACAUCGCAAUCUGCAUCCGCGCCCCGCCACCACUACGUGAUGUGGCGCCCAAACUCGUCGCGGCGCGGCGUGUUGUUCACUCCAUCUCCUCGCAUCAUCUGCACACAUCUCAUCCUUGCAUACCUAUCUCGGACAGCUCGCUGUACAAAUCUCAUCUUUGCAUACUCACUUUGGGCAGUUCGCUGCACGCAUCACAUCCUUGCAUACUUACCUUGGACAGUCCGCCACACACUGUACACUCUUCGCAUCCGCGCCGCCUGCACCUGCUAUCUCCGUUACCUUAUUGCUAUCUCUCGCUUUACUCACUUGCAUACUGUUAGUCUCUCUCUGUUGUUGUACUGAUGUCUCAUCCCAUGGUCUCGCGCAUCCCAUCGUGUUGUACUUGUACUACUGUAGAUAUUUUCCUGGGUUCGUGGUUGUCUCCCAAAAUCGAUCAGGCCUAAUGGUGCCUGAAAAUACACCUUUAAACUGUAUA